AACUCCCGGCAGGCCGCGAGAUGGGCAGGAGUACGAAGAGCGCCCUGCCCCGCUCCCAGUACCUUCCCGGAGUUUCUCCAGUCCCACCUUGAAGAGGAUGGAAGUGACCAGCGUCUCAAGUGCUGUGGAACCUGGCGAGAUGCGGUCUCCAAAGGCUUGUCUAUUGCGCCGCAACCACUCCCGCGAGCAGCACGGCGUGGCGGCCUCUUCCCUCGAAGAGCUGAGAAACAAGGCCUGUGACAUUCUGGCCAUUGACAAGUCCCUGACACCAGUCACCCUGGUCUUGGCAGAGGAUGGCACCAUAGUGGAUGAUGAUGAUUACUUUCUGUGUCUCCCUUCCAAUACCAAAUUUGUGGCCUUGGCCAGUAAUGAGAAGUGGACAUACAGCAAUUCAGAUGGAGGCACAGCUUGGAUUUCCCAGGAGUCCUUUGAAGUAGAUGAAACAGACAGCGGGGCCGAGGUGAAGUGGAAGAAUGUGGCCAGGCAGCUGAGAGGAGAUCUGUCCAGCAUCAUCCUGCUGUCAGAGGAGGACCUCCAGGUGCUCAUCGAUGUGCCCUGUCCGGACCUGGCUCGGGAGCUGAGCCAGAGCUGUGCCGCCGUCCAGGGGCUGCAGAACACGCUGCAGCGGGUGCUCGACCAGCGAGAGGAGGCCCGGCAGUCCAGGCAGCUCCUGGAGCUCUACCUCCGGGCGCUGGACAAGGAGGGUGGCGUCCUGCCAAGGCAGGAAGAGUCCAAAGCCGCCUUCGGGGAAGAGGUAGAUGCAGUGGACGUGGGCAUCAGCAGAGAGCGCGCCUCCAAGGUCACACUCACAGGCCAGACCCUGUCCACGCUACAGGAGAAGCCCGCUCCCGAGCUGAGCUUGUGCAGUCGGGAUUUGGAGUUGGUCACCAAGGAGGACCCCCAGGCACUGGCCGCUGCUUUGAACUGGGACAGCAAGAAGGCAGAAGCGGCCCAGCAGGCCUGCGCCCAGGAGCUGGCCCGGCGCCUGCAGCAGACCCAGAGCCUGUGUUCGCUCAGGACUCUGUCAGCCAGGAAGAGCUCCCUGCCUGGAGACUCACAGGCCACCAAGCGGGCCAGGCAGGACCUCACCUAGCUGCGCCGGCAGACACAGGGAGCCCGGACCGCCGUGUCUGCAGCCAGGGAGCACCCUCGGCCCAGUUGACUCCUCCCUGCGGCCUGCCCCGCCCCUGCCUCCAGCCUGUCCCUCUGCGUCAGCUGGAAGCCCGGCUUAGCCCGUUCAGAACUCUGCACAUGCCCGUUCUCCUGGGUUUUGUUUUGAGAUGUUCAGUGUGUAGUUCAGGCUGACCUUGAACUCACGGGUGAUCCUUCUGCCUCAGCCUCCAGAGUGCCGGGCUUACAGGCGUGUCCCACCAUACCCCACUUCAGCUGCCUGUUUUGAAUGACAUAAGUGCACCAAUGCUGUGCUGUUCUUACGUUCUCUGUUUAAAAGAGAGAACCAGGCAUGGUGCCCAUGCCUGUAAUCCCAGCGCUCUAAAGGCUGAGGCAGGAAGACGGCAAGCCCAGCUUGGGCAAUAUAGCAAGAGUCUCAAAAUUUUAAAUACACACACACAGACUGGGGAUGUAGCUCAGUGCAAAGGCCGUGUGUAAAGUCCACAGUAAUGGCACAGACUUAGCAUUCUUGAGGCCCUGGGGCUACCCACCCCCCGAAAAAAAAAAAAGUAAAUACUCUACAUGAAAGUACUGGUUAAGGGCAAGGAAAAGAAAUUGCUAUAUUUGGAAUAUUCACACCCUUGUUCCACACGCAGGACUGUAGAAUUUGAGACCCAAAUGGUAUAAUGAAGGUGACUAAUGGAGGCCGGGCGUGGUGGCACAGGUCUGUCAGCCCAGCAUCAGGAGGCUGAGGCAGGAGGAUCACUGAGUUCGAGCCAGCCUGGGCUGCACAGUGAGCUCAAGGCCAGCGUGGGCUGCACCGCAGACCCUGUCUCAGACAGCAGGAGAAGGUGGCUAAUGGACUGCUGAUGCUAGCUGCAGACGUGGGCCUCAGGUUAAUGAGUAUUUUUGUUUGCCCUGAGGCACAUACUAAGUUUGCAGACCACAGGGACUUACGGAGUCUAAGUCACCAUUUCUAACACCCCGCUCAGUGUUGGGAAAUUCUACAUUAGCACUGCGAAACUUGGUUUUCUCAUAUGUUUUUUGUCAGCGGGGGUGUCAGAGUCGUUCCAGUGAUUUCUGGGUGAAGAGCUGUGAGUCUCGCUGGGGGGCGCAGUGCGGAGAACUCGGGUUUGUGCAUCUCCCGUUCCUACGCAGACCUGCUUUGCAGCCUUCAUGACCUGCCUCGCACUGUCCUCGCAGGAAAAGCUUGACUUACCUGACUUGUUUUGUGUGUCUUUAGAGCACAGUAGAAUGCAGUACAGAUCCGUCGACCAGUUCUGUGCAUCUCAGUUUUUUGAGACGGUCUCACCGCGCAGUUCAGCCUGCCGUUGAUUCCACGCAGUCCUCCUGCCUCAGCCUCCUGGAGCUGGGAUUAUAGGAAUGCACCACACACAGCGGCUCACUCUUGCUUUUGCUGAGGACAAAACCCUGACCCCACACAUGCUAAGCAGUGCUUUACCACCGAGCAGCACCCUAACCGCGCACUGGGCAGUUCUUAAACCAAGAAAUGUAACAGUCUUGGGGAACAAGGUAGGGUGCAGAAGACAAGCAGAACCACAGAAUUGUUUCCCAGGUUGGGGAGACAGCUCCGGCACAGCGCCUGCCUGGCGAGUGACGCUCCUGAGUUCUGCUGGGCACCCUUUUCCCUCACACCGCCGGGUCUCGUGGGCGCCUGCACUCGGCUUCGGCAGCUCCUUGGGUAAAGCCUCCCUCCGCUGUUGGCCUUAAAUAAAAACCAGCGCUUGUGCUGGACACACUUCAGAAGAGGGGAAGGGCGGGUCACGUGCAGGAAAGUGGCAUUGCCCGUGCCCGGAUGCUCUGAAGCCCUUGGAUGCUGCAGGAACAGCAGGUGACCUGGAACCUGACAGAUGCUGGAAGGGCGUGUUGGUAACGGAUUUCCCACCACAGUGAGGUUCUGCACAACAAAGCAUGUCUACCCUCGAGUCACAGGGGAGCCUAGGAGCCUAAAAGUAAAAGCUGGGCGUGGAGGCACACCUCUAAAUGCAGCACUCGGGAGGCUGAGGCAGGAGGAUCACCACGAAUCAAGGUCAGUUUGGUCUACAAAGUGAACUACCGUGAGACUCUAUCUCAAAAAGUAAACAUGGGGAUGGGAGUUUAGCUCAGCAGCACAAGCGCCUGCCUGGCAAGUGCAGGGCCCUGAGUUCAAUCUCCAGUACCCAAAAAUUUAAAAAAAAAAUAAAAGUAACAACAAAAACCUGAAGAAAAA